GAUGGUUGAUGGUGGUGAACAUUGUGAAAACAUCAACCAGGCAACCAAAAUCAUUCAAACAAACAAACAAACAUCAGACAGCAACAACAAUGGAUGAAGUAGAAACAAUUGAAAAUAUUGUUGUAAUUGCAAUCAUAAUCCUAUUGGUUGUAUUUGCCGGUUCAUUAUUAACAUUAAUUAUUAUUUGUUAUCAACGUAAUAAUCAUCUGUUGAUUGGUGGUGGUGGUGGUGGUAAUAAAGGUGAUUUUUUAUUUCGUUCAUCCAAAUCAUCAUCAUCAUCAUCAUCAUUUCAUCAUUUUAAUAAUGAUGAUGAUACACGUUUUAGUGGUCAAGAUCAUACACAUCUAAUUUCAUCGAAUGGUGGUGGUUUAAUAACCGAUAUAAAACGUAUGGGUAAAAAAAAUCAAACAACAACCAAUAUGGAAUUGGAUGAUGUUCGAUUACAUCCGAAUAUUGAUCAAAUUCUUUCGAAUACACAAUGGGUUGAUGAUGCAACCGGUUUAAUACCGCAUUGUUUAGCAUUAUUAAAAGGUUGUCAUCAUUUAACUGAACGUUUAGUAUCAUCAACAAUGUCAGCAAUGCCAAGAUUUACCGAAAAUGAACAACGUAUGAAAUUAUUUGAAAUCGGUAGAAUAGCACCGACUAUUAGUGCACGUGUUGAUGAUGUUGUUGAAGCAAUGUAUCCACCAUUAGAUCCACGUUUACUUGAAUCACGUUGUUUAUCAUUAUUAUUAUCCGUAUCACGUUUAGCAAUUGUAAUCGUUUAUACAUGUGCUAUUCGUGGUAAAUGGAUUGAUGAUGAACUUAAAGGAUUAGAAUUACAACUCAAGAUAUUACACGAAGUUGGCCAAACAUUGUUAAUCAAUGGUGAUGAUAAUAAUCCUGAAACAAUCAACAGCACUGCUGGCUUAAACAAAAUAACAAAUCCUGGUUAAACAAAAAAUUCAAUUCGAUUUUUUUGUUGAUUGA